UUGCAAUUGGAAUUAGACAACUCAAAAACGACACAGAUAUUGAAUGUCAUGGCGAAUAUUACUCUACCGAACGCGGUGGUGCCCGAUUGGGCUGCAGGAGUGCCGGAAGAACGUUGGAAAGCUGAACUGUUGGAACGCAUACGUCAACGUGAUUAAUCAUGUAAUGUAGUUAAUCAGCAAAAAAGUACUUAAAUACCAUAGCAUAGUGUUUUAGAUUUUCGUGGCGAUAAUACUGGUUUGUAGAAGAAAUGUGCAAUGUUUGCUACUUUCAAUUGCCAUAUAGAAUUGCUCGCUGAUUCCAAAAAUCUAGUUAGUUUUUUAUUCUAUGGAUAAGUUCUGGAGAUAUUUUCAAUUUACCGUUAUUCAACUUAAAACAAAAAGUGGUUCCAUUUUGGGCCAGUUUUUCAAUGCACGGCCAUGCUUUAAACUCAGUUUAAACUCCCGAUCUGGCUGGUUGAAACUAAGAUCGGCCAAUCAAAUGCCAGCCAGCUAUUCAAUUUAAACUCAGUUUACUUCAUCUAAGUUUAACCUAACACUGAAAAACUGGUCCUUAAAUACCUUUAUCUUUCGAACGAAUUUAACAUUUUAUUAUGAAAUACGGCAAAUGAAAGCUAAGGAAAUUCUUCAUACACCGUAUGUCGCCUGGGUAAAAGAUUUUCGUAAGCGCAAUUUUGACGAUUUUUAGUUCUAAAUGCAGUUAUAUAUUUUGAAAUAAGGUCUUUCGAUUGGUGUUAUC